UCUCAAGCUCAGACCCUCUCAAGCUCACUCUCUAUCGCUGUUCCUCUCACUUUUUAAGAUGUCGACGUCAAAAGAUAAUUGGAAACCUGAGGAAACUAGGUAUUUUUUCCAACUCUACGCGGAAGAGAGAAGAAAAGGAAAUAAGGUUGGUCAGCAAAUGAAUAAAGUAGGGAAAAAGAACAUCAUGGAUGCAUUUGAGCUGAGGUUUAAGAAGGGAUUUUCUGAUUGGAAGAGGGACUACAAGAAAAAGUAUGACAGCAGUAGAAAGAAAUACAUUAGGAUUAGGAUGCUGACUCAGAACAAGACAGGACUUGGGUAUGAUAACAUGGGAAGGAUCGACAUGUCAGAUAAUUGGUGGAAAGAGCGCGAAAGGGUCAGUUUCUCAUUUUCUCAUUUUUUCUUUUGUGAACUUAGCUGUUAAGAUGUACUUGUGUUGAAAUAAUUGAGCUUAUUAGAAGUUUGUGGCUAUUAAGAUGUCUUGUGUUGAAAUAAUUGAGCUUAUUAGAUGUUUGUGGCUGUGAUGAUGUCAUGAUUUAUCACUGAUUUACUCUUUCUCUUUUGUUAUAUAGGAGUGUCCUGUGAUUAGAAAAGCCUCCUGCAAAGAGAUUGAUAACAUUGAUAUGUUUGAAGCAGAAUUUGGUGGUGUAGUAGUUACUGGAGCAGAAGGUUGGAGCGCUCAACAUGGAGAAGCAAGCUUGAAUUCGAGAGUUGGUGGAGAUAUUGGUGAGGAUGAAGCUGAUUGUCAGCCAGCAGCAGAGACUCAAGCAUUGGAGACAGUAACCCAGCGCCAAGCUCCUCGCCAAACUCAACCAGCGGCUCAGACUCAUUGUGGAGGUUCAAGAGCAAAACGAAAGCGUAAAGAGAAAGAUGUGGCUAUGGAGGCUUGUGAAAAAUGGACUGCUGCUCUUGAAAUGAAGAAUAUGCUAGCAAAACAAUUGAUGGAGCGUGAACAACCAUUCAGUGUUGAGACCGUAUUGGAGAUGGUGUAUGCUCUCCCUGAAGUGAGAGAGUGGUCGCCUUUAUAUGAAGCAUCGAUUGAGCUUAUGAUAGAUAGUGAAGGGAGCCGAAGGGGAUUCAUAACGAUGAAGACAGAUGAAGCGAAGAGUAAGUUUCUGGAGCUUAGGACCAAGAUAAAACGUGAUGAGUGACUAGUUAGUGAAUUGGAACUAGUAUGGAUUCACUAGUUUAUGUUGAGUAGGAACUUAAGUUUGGUACUGCUUUAUGUUAUGAAACUUAAGUUUAGAGGUUUAUGUUGAUCCUUCCUUUCAUCACGCUAAGCAUGAA